AUGCCAAACCCGCCCAAGGAAACUGAGGGUAGAUAUGGUGUCCUCCGUGAGGAAGGUGGCGAAGUUUUAGAAAAAGCAAAGGCGUAUGGAAAAGGCAAGAGCACACACGUGAUUGUGUUCGACGUCCCAAGGGAAAUCGAAGCAGAAGAAAUGACGUCUUGCAAUGAACGCGUCGUGCAUGCCAAACGCAUGAAGAUCAAUGGAUUGAUGACCCAGAGAGCCAUCAUAACAUACGAGGGGGAGGUAAUCCCCAAAACUAUCAAAAUGGUGGAGGGCAUGGCACCCUUUAGAAGGCAAAAUCAUCUCUUGGAAAUGUGUGGAAACUGCCGUCAGGCGCAUAAUGCCAACUCGCCAUUAUGCGCCUAUUACCCGAAGGACAGAAAGGCAACACAUGAAAGGAAGCAGGCAGCCCCUCCCCCCAAUAAACCGCGCCCAUCCCCUCGUCUUAAUGGCGUGGGGGAAUUCCCACACCUGCAGAGGUCAACACUGACGGCCCCUGCAAACAAAGCCAUGGCACCGGCCACAUCACCAGCUGCAGCACCUACUCCAGUUGCAGCACUCACUCCAGCGCCAGCUGUAGCACCAGCUGCAGCACCGACGCCAUCACCAGCUCCAGCUCCUCCCUCACCGCAGCAGGAAAAGCAAGAGUCCAACAGGGAAAUGAGAGAUUUGAUCCAAAUGUUGUUCAAGCAGCUGGAGCAGAUGAUGUUCAUGAUGCGGCAACAGAUGGUGCAGUUCCAGGAGAGGAUUUUUGCGCUCUUCCUCGAGCAACGACAACAUCCAGUGGGCCUUGGAAACGGCCAAGUGAUGAUCGAUGGAUCAAAAUAA